GGUGAGCUGGAGAACGUAACGAAAUAAAAGAAGGAAGAGGAUUGCAGGAAAAGGGACGUUGAUGGCUGUCACAUCGCCAAUGAGAACAACCCUUUGCCACUCAAUUAAAUAACUCAAAAAAGGUUACAAUAUAUAAAAAAAUAAUAAAUAAAUAAGUAAAAGCGCCCCCAACUGUUUUCACAAAUUCCGAUGCCCUGGAGUGGGAGAGAGUCAGUGAAUGAAUGAAUGCGAGAUUGAAGGAAAUUCUUCAAGUUAAAAAGCAAAACUGGCAUAGAUGUCGACACCUACAGACCCCACAGGUGGGAUGCCUCACCCUGGACCAUCUCCAGGGCCAGGUCCAUCUCCUGGACCAAUUCUUGGCCCAAGUCCAGGACCAGGACCAUCACCAGGCUCUGUACAUAGUAUGAUGGGUCCAAGUCCAGGACCACCGAAUGUAACUCAUUCAAUACCACCGCAAGCUCCAAGUGAGUUUCAGCAGGAUAGCAUGCACCAGAUGCACAAGCCGAUGGAAACAAUGCAUGACAAGGGGAUGACUGAUGAAAUGCAUUAUGGUCAGAUGAAAAGUAUGGGAAUGAGGCCUGCUCAUACAGGCAUGGGCCCGCCACAAAGUCCCAUGGAUCAGCAUUCUCAAGGCUAUAUGUCUCCUCAUCCGUCUCCUAUAAGUGUACCGGAGCAUGCACCCAGUCCUAUGUCAGCAGGGGGUCCCACUCCACCUCAGAUACCACCAGCCCAGACCACACCGAUAUUGCAAGGAGAUCCUCAGGUUAUGGGUCAGCAAAACAGAGGUCCUUCACCUUUUAAUCCAGUUCAGCUUCACCAAUUAAGGGCCCAAAUUCUGGCUUAUAAAAUGCUGGCUAGAGGACAACCACUACCAGAUAACCUGCAGCUCGCUGUUCAAGGGAUGCGGUCACUACCAAGUAUGCAGCAACAAGUAGCACCCAUUGCUUACAACAGACCACCAAGUAUUGGCAUGCAUUCAAUGGCUGGUCAGGCUGUUGGACCCUCGCAAAUGAUACCAGGGCAUGUUCCUAACGCUCAUAAGCCCUGGACAGAAGGUCAAGUCAAUGAAAUGGGAAUUCCAAGCACUCCUCAAAAAAUGUCUACUCAAGCUACUUGUGGGAGGCCUUCUCCUGCACCAGCUGUGCAGACGGUCCCCUCUGGCCCUGGGGCAUCAUUGCCACAGCAAUCUGUUGUCCAGCCACCACCAACUAUCCAACUUCAUCAGAAACAAAACCGUAUAACGCCCAUCCAGAAACCACAGGGAUUGGAUCCUGUUGAGAUUCUUCAAGAACGAGAAUAUAGACUUCAAGCUCGAAUUGCUCAUCGUAUUCAAGAGCUUGAAAACUUACCUGGUUCUUUGCCACCAGAUUUGCGCAAUAAAGCUACAGUCGAAUUAAAAGCACUUCGCCUGCUCAAUUUCCAAAGACAGCUAAGACAAGAAGUAGUUGCCUGCAUGCGCCGUGAUACAACUCUGGAGACAGCAUUGAAUGUGAAAGCCUAUAAACGAAGUAAAAGGCAAUCACUGAGAGAGGCUCGUAUCACAGAGAAACUGGAGAAGCAACAAAAGAUUGAACAAGAGCGUAAGCGCAGGCAAAAACAUCAGGAAUAUCUCAACAGCAUAUUGCAGCAUGCAAAAGACUUCAAGGAAUAUCAUCGUUCAGUUACUGGGAAAAUUCAGAAGCUUUCCAGAGCCAUUGGUACUUGGCAUGCGAACACAGAACGUGAACAAAAGAAGGAAACUGAGAGGAUUGAAAAAGAGAGAAUGAGGAGGCUAAUGGCAGAAGAUGAAGAAGGUUAUCGUAAGCUAAUUGAUCAGAAAAAGGAUAAACGUUUGGCAUAUCUGCUUCAACAAACAGAUGAGUAUGUAGCAAGCCUUACUAAACUGGUCUAUGAACAUAAAGCUGCUCAAGCUGCUAAGGAAAAGAAGAAGAAAAAGAAAAAGAAGAAAACUGAGGAACCCGCCGAAGGAACAAGUUCUAGCCUUGCUCCUGAUAGUGAACUCUUGGAUGAAAGCAGCCAGAUGAGUGAUUUACCAGUCAAAGUUGUCCAUGUUGAAACUGGCAAAGUUCUGCAAGGGCCUGAGGCUCCAAAAGCUAUCCUGUUGGAUGCUUGGUUGGAAAUGAAUCCUGGGUAUGAAGUGGCCCCACGAUCAGACACUGAAGAGAGUGGAUCAGAUUAUGAAGAUGAGGACGAAGAUGAAGAUACACCAGUUGCACCUGAUACUGGAGAAAAGAAGAUUAAAGUUCCUAGCAUUGAAGAUGUAUCUGACUUUUUUGCCAAGCAGAUAAUUGAGUGCGCUAAACAAGAUGUUGAUGAUGAAUAUAGUAUGCGAGCGGGAAUGAAAGGUUCACAGUCAUAUUAUGCAGUGGCCCAUGCAGUAACAGAGAGGGUGGAGAAACAAUCUACUCUCCUAAUCAAUGGAUCACUUAAGCAAUAUCAGGUUCAGGGACUUGAAUGGAUGGUUUCUCUUUACAAUAACAAUUUGAAUGGAAUUUUGGCUGAUGAAAUGGGACUUGGAAAGACAAUCCAGACUAUUGGGCUCAUUACAUACCUAAUGGAGCACAAGAGACUUAACGGACCUUAUCUCAUUAUUGUUCCUCUUUCAACUUUGUCGAACUGGGUAUAUGAGUUUGAUAAAUGGGCCCCAUCUGUUGUGAAAAUUUCUUAUAAGGGUACUCCUGCGCUUCGUCGGUCCUUUAUUCCACAGUUGCGCAGCGGAAAAUUCAAUGUUCUUUUAACCACGUAUGAGUAUAUCAUUAAGGACAAACACGUGCUUGCUAAGCUUCGAUGGAAAUACAUGAUUGUAGAUGAAGGUCAUCGUAUGAAAAAUCACCAUUGUAAGCUGACCCAGGUGCUGAAUACUCAUUACGUUGCACCUCGUCGGGUCCUCUUGACUGGAACACCCCUGCAAAACAAACUUCCUGAACUCUGGGCUCUUCUGAAUUUUCUUUUGCCUACUAUCUUCAAAAGCUGCAGCACCUUUGAACAAUGGUUUAAUGCUCCAUUCGCCAUGACUGGAGAACGGGUUGAUCUAAACGAGGAAGAAACGAUCCUGAUCAUUCGCCGUCUUCACAAAGUGCUGCGUCCUUUCCUUCUGAGGAGAUUGAAAAAAGAAGUGGAAUCUCAGUUGCCAGAAAAGGUUGAGUACGUCAUCAAAUGUGACAUGUCCUCUCUGCAAAAGGUUCUGUAUCGUCACAUGCAAGCUAAAGGAAUUCUUCUAACUGAUGGCUCUGAGAAAGAUAAAAAGGGUAAAGGUGGUGCUAAAACUCUCAUGAAUACCAUAAUGCAGCUCAGAAAAAUAUGCAAUCAUCCCUUCAUGUUUCAACAUAUAGAGGAAUCUUUUGCUGAACACCUAGGAUAUAAUGGAGGACUCAUCACUGGCCCUGACCUAUAUCGAGCUUCAGGAAAAUUUGAAUUAUUGGACCGCAUUUUGCCAAAACUGUGUGUUACUAAUCACAGGGUACUGUUGUUCUGCCAGAUGACCUCAUUGAUGACCAUAAUGGAGGACUACUUUGCAUACAGAAGUUUUUUGUAUUUGCGACUCGAUGGAACAACUAAAGCAGAGGACCGUGGUGCUUUAUUGAAAAUGUUCAACGAAGAAAACUCCAAGUACUUCAUAUUCUUGCUGAGUACCCGCGCCGGUGGGCUUGGUCUGAAUCUUCAAGCAGCUGAUACUGUUGUCAUUUUUGACAGUGAUUGGAAUCCACAUCAGGAUUUGCAAGCCCAAGAUAGAGCUCAUCGUAUUGGACAGCUGAAUGAAGUUCGCGUCUUACGCCUCUGCACAGUCAACAGUGUGGAAGAAAAGAUUCUUGCUGCUGCUAAAUACAAACUUAAUGUGGACCAAAAAGUUAUCCAGGCUGGUAUGUUUGAUCAAAAAUCUUCAAGUCAUGAACGCCGAGUUUUCCUGCAAGCUUUGUUGGAACAUGAGGAACAGAAUGAGGGGGACACCAAUGCUUCUCCUUCCUGCAGUACUGCCUGGGAAGAAGAUGAAGUUCCAGACGAUGAGACUCUGAAUCAGAUGAUUGCUCGGCAUGAAGAAGAAUUUGAACUGUUCAUGCGCAUGGACCUGGAGCGGCGAAGAGAGGAUGCACGGAAUCCAAAACGUAAGCCAAGACUGAUGGAGGAAGAUGAUUUGCCAUCAUGGAUCAUUAAAGAUGAUGCAGAAGUAGAAAGAUUGACUUGUGAAGAUGAGGAGGAGAAAAUGUUUGGGCGAGGUUCACGCAUGCGCAGGGAUGUGGACUACAGUGAUGCUCUUACUGAAAAACAAUGGCUAAGGGCAAUUGAGGAUGGCAAUUUAGAAGAAAUGGAAGAAGAAAUACGUCAGAAGAAAGCUAGGAAACGCAGAAGAAAUGUGGAUAAGGACUCAUCAAAAGAGGAUGGAAAAAAGAAAAAAAAGAGGGGCAGACCUCCAGCAGAAAAACUGUCUCCAAAUCCACCAAGGAUAACCAAACAGAUGAAUGCAAUCAUUGAUACUGUUAUAAACUACAGAGACAGCUUGAGCCGACAACUGAGUGAAGUUUUCAUUCAGUUACCUUCGCGGAAAGAGUUGCCUGAAUACUAUGAGCUAAUUCGAAAACCUGUGGACUUCAAAAAAAUUAAGGAUCGUAUUCGCAGCCAUAAAUAUCGUAGUCUGGGAGAUCUGGAGAAGGAUGUAAAUUUGUUGUGUCAUAAUGCCCAGACAUUCAAUCUAGAAGGAUCACAGAUUUAUGAAGACUCCAUUGUUCUUCAAUCCGUAUUCAAAAGUGCAAGACAAAAGAUUGCUAAAGAAGAGGAGAGUGAGGAGGAAAGUAUUGAUGAUGAUGAUGAUGAGGAGGAGGAGGAAUCAGGAUCUGAGACAAAAUCAGUCAAAGUUAAAAUAAAACUUGGUCGAAAGGACAGUGACAAAAGUCGUGAGAAAGGAAAAAGUAGGAAACGGCUGGUUCGUGCUAAAAUCAAGCCCGUCAUUAGUGAUGAUGACAGUGAUGAUGACCAAGAUGACAAUGACCAAUCUGAUCUAAGUGGAAGCGAAGAUGAAUGAAUUAACAAAAAUGUGAAUUGCUUCAUGGACAAAUCUUUAAUCAAUUGUUUUGUUGCACAGCUAUCCAUAAUUUCUCCUUUCCCACUUCACCCUUCCUCAGCUUGUCUUUUUACUGAAAAGUAAAUCUGUUAGUAGAACAGUAUAUAAUCUUUAGUUUAGUUUCAUGUAAGCAUGAUUACAAUAAAAUAAUUUCAUAGCUAUACAUCCAUUUGCAUCACCAUAUAUUUGCUUUAAGCUUGUCAAAUGGGUAAAAUUGCUUUAAAAUUGUACCAGUUUAUAUAUACGCAUUAAAAUAUAUAUUUUUUUCCCUGAAGGUCAAUGUCUUCACAGCUUUAAAUCCUUACAAAUAUAAUUCAAGUGGAAUAUUUGUUUCAUAUGCACAUCCCUUUUUGGUUUAAUUUGAUUUGGAAAAUAUUGUUUUGCAACCAGUGCUGGUAAUGAGCUUUUCCUUAAGUGUACUUAAUUCUUGCUUUCUUUGCACAAUGUCUUUGGUGUAACUGAUUGCCCAAGGCAAAUAAAAUCUAAUUCAGU